CCCCUCCAAACAAAAUGAGACUGGCAAAAAUGUGCCGACUAAACGCGCUGGGGAUCUAUUUGUGGGAAACGAUAGUGUUCUUCAGCCUGGCAGCAUCGAAAGAAGCUGCGGCGAGGAAAGCCGCCUCCCCGAUGCCGCCCUCCGAGUUCCUGGACAAACUCAUGGGAAAAGUCUCGGGUUACGACGCCAGAAUUCGACCGAAUUUCAAAGUGUUCAACAAAGACCCCAAAGGCUCCAAAAAUGAAGCUACUCACAAGAAAGGUCCGCCGGUGAACGUCACCUGCAACAUUUUUAUCAACAGUUUUGGGUCCAUCGCUGAAACAACAAUGGACUACCGAGUGAACAUCUUCCUGAGACAGCAGUGGAACGACCCUCGGCUGGCCUACAGCGAGUACCCCGACGACUCGCUGGACCUCGACCCCUCUAUGUUGGACUCCAUCUGGAAACCCGAUUUGUUCUUCGCCAACGAGAAGGGGGCCAACUUCCACGAGGUCACCACCGACAACAAGCUGCUACGCAUCUCUAAAAACGGCAACGUGCUGUACAGCAUACGAAUAACACUGAUCCUGGCCUGUCCCAUGGAUCUGAAGAACUUCCCUAUGGACGUCCAGACCUGCAUCAUGCAGCUGGAGAGCUUCGGCUACACCAUGAACGACCUCAUAUUCGAGUGGGACGAGAAGGGAGCUGUGCAGGUGGCUGACGGCCUGACGCUACCUCAGUUCUUACUCAAAGAGGAAAAGGACCUGCGCUACUGCACCAAGCACUACAACACAGGUAAAUUCACCUGUAUCGAGGCUCGUUUCCACCUGGAGCGUCAGAUGGGCUACUACCUGAUCCAGAUGUACAUCCCCUCGCUGCUCAUCGUCAUCCUGUCCUGGGUUUCCUUCUGGAUCAACAUGGACGCCGCGCCCGCCCGGGUGGGUCUGGGCAUCACCACCGUGCUGACCAUGACCACGCAGAGCUCUGGUUCCAGAGCCUCCCUGCCCAAGGUGUCCUACGUCAAAGCCAUCGAUAUCUGGAUGGCCGUGUGUCUGCUGUUUGUGUUCUCGGCUCUGCUGGAGUACGCCGCCGUCAACUUCAUCGCCCGCCAACACAAGGAGCUGCUGCGCUUCAGACGGAGGCGACGACACAUGAAGGAGGAUGAGACAGGCGAGGGGCGCUUCAGCUUCCCCGGCUACGGCAUGGGCCCCGCCUGCCUGCAGGCCAAAGACGGCAUGGCCAUCAAGGGCAACAACAACAACGCCCCGGCCUCGGGCCCGCCCGAGAAGACCAUCGAUGAGAUGAAGAAGCUGUUCAUCGGCCGCGCCAAGCGCAUCGACACGGUGUCCCGCGUGGCCUUCCCGCUCGUCUUCCUCAUUUUUAACAUUUUCUACUGGAUCAUUUACAAGAUCAUCCGCAGCGAGGACAUCCACAAGCAGUAGUCGAGAGGAGCGGAGGAGGAGGAGGAGGAGGAGGAGGAGGAGGAGGAAGGUGAGAACAGUGCGAAGAGGAGAAUGCAGAGAAACAAAACGAGAGAAGGAAACAAGAGAUAUCAUUGUCGUCCCCCCCCUUUCUUCACGCCAUUCCUUGUCCUCUUCCUUCGUCCUCUUCCUCUUCUGGUCGAGGUUAAGUUGCUUUUUGUGGCGGUCGCCUCCCUCACCUCCCCACCCGACACCCACUAGACACUAUUUGAGAUAUUUAUUGCUUUCUUGUUCCCUUUAUUCCCCCCCCCGACAGAAAAAAUCCCAAACUCAUUCUGGCUCUUUACACCUCCAGAAUAAUCCGGACCAGUGCAAUAGCGAUGCAGUAAAAUGCAUGAUAUAUGAAUGUGGCAAUAUAUUAAUGAAAAGACGAAAAACGUAAAUGCAGACUUUUGCACGCCCGACAAACUGUGGGAGCGGACGGACUGGAAGAAGAAGAAGAGUCUUGUUUUAUUCUAUUUUCUUUUGCGUGGAGACAGAUACAUAAUUAUAUACGAAAAAAGAGAGGGGCCGGGGUGGGGGAUGUGCGAGAAGCAUACAGCAGUGUAAUAUACUCAUAUAUCUAUCAUGAAUGGGGAAAAAGGAACUUUAUUUGAGAGACAGCCAUCUGGAAAUAAGGGAUUAUUUCCCCCCCCCCCCCAAAAAAAAGGAAGGAAGGCGGAUCGGUGCUUCCAUUAAAUAAAGCGAUGCAAGGAUCACGCAUUCUAUAUAUCUAGAUUUGCUUCAAACGUGUAUUGCGAGCACUCCUCAGCGCUUUUUCCUCCCGCCGCCGCCAACACACCAGACCUUGAACUGCAGAGACACUCGAGGUUUCGCUGCCGCCGCCGUCGAUCGCACGACUGGACAAAAAUAAGAAGAAAAAAUAAGAAACACUGAACGAGCAGUGCUGAGGAUUCUGAGACACAACAUCUCAUUUGUCUGUGUUCGUCGUGUUCCUCUACCUGUCCUUCAUUUAGUUCAUAUUGCAUUUUGUUGUUUGGUUUGUAUCUUAAAUUACGUGCCAAGUAAACAUGUCGCUUGUGGCCGCGCAGCGCUCUGCAGCUCCGGACCCGUUUUUUUGGGAAAAAAGUGGACGGUUUGACAUCAUGGAAUGACGUCUCCUCCCCGGGCUUCUUCGGGGUUAUUUUUAAUCCCCAAAGAUGUCAGUUUGCUUUCAUCGACCGGAGCGAACCAAUCCGGGACAGAGUCAGUCAAACGCAGAUCCCCGCUGGCUCUCCUCGUGUUCAUCGGGACUGAACCACAUGUUUACAUCUUAUUAGUGCUUCCUUGCUUUGACCCUGCCUUAAUGUGACACCCCACCCUUCCCCAGCCGAGAGGACAUAUGUAGUAAAUUAUACAGAUUAUAGCACCUGUUAUACCUUAAUUAACUGUAUUUCCAUCUCAUUCACACGCGCACCAACUGUCGCUGAGAACCUCAUCAUUUGUGAACAGCUACGUCUUCGUGCCCAUGGAGUGGACCACUGGAUUUCUUUGUGCUGUAUAGCCACGUUGGACGGGAUUUGAUCAUUUGGUUUGAUUGAUGAUUCAUCUCUUUUACUUUGCUCCAGGCUUCUCUAUGCAAUAAUUAGUAUAUGCAAUUAUGAUUUUUUAUUCCUUCCUUUAAGCAGCGCCAUCUGAAAAGCAAGUUGUUUUCUGGCUCAUUCAUCCCACUGCUAACUGCUAAACAGUCCUCGGUGAAUAUGGACGGAAUGGAUGAAGUGAUAGAAAUACAGAGAAGAAGUGUCGACCGUGCAGGGACUUUAACCCGAUGCGUGCAGAUUACUGUUUCACAGUGUUAGAUCAGCAGCAGACAGAUUGAGCCAAACCUCUGAGCCAAUCAGAACGGGUAAACAAAGUCAAGAAAUAAAAGUGGAAAAAAGUCUUUUUCUGCACAAACGGUUGGUUUCCUCGUUCACGUUGUCACUUCUACAUCAUUUUUUUUAGGUUUUAUUGCAAGAGGUGAACAUUUUACAAUUUUGUAGCAAAGACAAAACUCAAAAUGAACAGAGUUUCAAUUUGUCUUUUGAAUUUCUGCCCUCAAUUUAAAAGUGAUGCUAACAGCUAAGCUAACAGCCUCCCGGCUCCAGCCCCAUUAUCAUCAACAGUCUCAACUAACUUCCUAAAAACCAAGUGAAUAAUUAUAUUUUCCAAAAUGUUGACCUUUUCCCUCAUGAUACAGCGUUCAAUGAGCCACUUCACUGCAGCAGCUUUGUCAGUGAAGAGUUUGAAUAAAACAAUCUGCUGGACUUUUAUUGUGAAGUUUAAAAAAAACGUUUUUCACUUACAGCAAACUGAAACAUCUCAUCAUGUUGACUUCCUGUCCUUCCUGCAGAGACUAAGGCUGAUUAAAACAUAUUUAACUUCACAAUAAAAGUACAGCGGAGUGUUUUAUUUUUCAGCAUCACGCAGGAACAACGUGGAGAAUUCCUGCUCGUCAACAUAUUUAAGCUCCGGUCCAACUUGGUUUUGAAGCAAAACCCAGAGACGUUUUCUUUUUAUAUUCCUCAUGCUUGACGUUCUUCUCGUUGCCUUCUGCUGCUGUUGUGGGGCAAAUGUUGAAGAUGUGGUGCAGGAUGUGAUAUAUUCAGCCUGUUUGAAUAUGAUUGCCAGAUUAACUUCAGAUAUAUAAAUACAAUUAUAACACAUAUAAAUAUAUAUAUAAAGGCAUAUUUUGAUAUGAAACAUUUAUGCAUUUUCCCUCUACAUCAUUGUAUUUCCCUAUUUUUAUUUGAUAAUUCACCCCUAUCACAUUUCUACUUACAAAGCUUUACUUGUAAAACUUGCACCGUGAGACUUUUUGGAUCUGAUGGGACAGAUAAUUGUAAAACCACUUUUCAUGAAUUCAGUUAUGUCAGAGCGUGUUAGACUGAUCUGAAGGGCUAUGCCGCGCAGUACACAUUCCAACAUGUGUUAACUUUAGAGUGGAAGUGCCAUACAACAAUGCAAUAAAUAUGCAUUUAAUUCAUAAAUCAUUCCCUGAUAUGAUGUAAAAGCUCUCAAGGCCAUGAUCACCCGGGACGCUUUAUUUCUAGUUAUUUUUAACGAGUUGGUCGGAGCAGAUUUCUCUGUUGCUAAGUAUUUACGAUGCAAACCAUCAGAUUUAGACAAAGACAAAACCAGCAAAGCCUGGAGGGACGAGUGUGUUUUCAACAGUAUUAGGUUCUACAGCAUCGGUCUCUUUAUCAAAAGGACUAAUCCAGUUCCUCACAAGCUCUCGGAGGAAUCUCUCACUUCUCGUGAUACAUUUAUUUGAUCAUUCUGAGACUUUAGGUUAACCAGCUGGAACUCAUUCGACUGAAAGCAACUCAGAUGGAAUUCUUAUGUCGCUUCACGCGUCCAGAUAAAAACCUACACUAAACCGUGUCCACCACAAAGAAAGUGACCUAAAUUACUUUUCACUUGCAUAGUUUUCAUGCUGACCGGGAAUUGUUGUCGCUCUACACAAAACCAAUAAAUUAUAUUCUGUGACUAUUUCCCGCCCUGCCGUGAUGCUGGGCAGUGCAGUACAUAAGUAGAGAAGACGUAAGAAGUACGUAGCUAGUCAGGAACGCUGGCAAACAUGGUCUGUAGCUUGAUACAAACGUGCUGCUAAUGCUGAAAUCCAGACAACAGGAACUCAUUCUGUUAGAAAAGGUACAACAGAGCGACACUCAAAGUAUUAUGAACUCGGUACAAAUCAUCUUCCCCCACUUGAAGAAAAGGCAGUUGUCUGACGUCACAGCGAUGGAAUAGCAUAUUGUAAAGGCAACGUUAAGUAUAUUAGCUUGUAUUUCAUUUCACUACAUCAUACUGUCAUAAAGUAAACAUGUUCUGCAUGUAAAUUGAAGUCCAAUUACGUCGCCAUGUUAUUAGGAAGCUGGUUAAACUAUCUGUGAAAGUUAUCGUCUCUGCAAAAACAAUUGGAUGCUGCACACUUAGCGAUGUCUUCGGUUUACGCUUGACGUCGUGGACCCGAACACUUCGGAAGUCAGAAGUUUUAAAUUUCGACUGGGAAAAUUCUGGCCUCUGAGUUGUCUGGAAAGCAGCAUUCGCUUCGUCUUCAUUCAUUUAUUCUGCUGCACUUUAUUUCCUACAUGGAGCACAAAACGUGCUCUUCAUUCAGAAUUCAUGAUACUUGAACCUACGAAGCCAACGAACUCACAAAAGGUGUUUCUUUUUUCUCAGACAUCCAUAUCUUAUGUCUACAAGUAAUACAUUUGAAAAACUUUUUUUCGAGACUUUAAAGGCUCUGUAAAAACCAAGAAAAGUAAAAAAAGAAAAUGUAAAUGCCAAAAUAAAGAGCUGCUGAACAAGAAAACAAAUAUAGAUCUGGUUGAUGUUAGGAUUGCACCGUGUCGAGUCCUUCACAGCUCCACGGUGACACUAAUGCUCGAUCGCUCUCUGAUCGCGGCCUAAACAGUCUGAACUUGGAGGAUUCGUGUUUUUCCUUCUGUGCCAAAGACGCACUGCGUCUGGAAUAAAUCCCUUCUGUCCAUCAGCCUCUUUCUGCCGACAGCAGUCGGUCCAUUUUCUAGAGCUCACGUACAUCUCUUCUCGUGCCAUAAGGGGGUUGAAUAUGCAACUGAAAAAAGAAAAACGAGGACCUACAAGCAUAUCACGCAUUCAUUCAACUACCAUUUUUAUAUGACUCGUCCCCUUUCCCUCAGGCGUGGGUGUUGUGUGUGUAUCAUAGUCAUUUUAGAGCUUCGUCAUAGGCCUCUCACCAUUGUAUUAAACAUUGUUAUACUGUUCGGGUUGGGGGAGGGAGGGGUUCAUAACACGAGAGAGAUGCUGGGUUUAUAUAUUGCGUCACGGUGUGACGUGAUGCAUACGGACUGAACAAAGACAGAAGACGUUUAUAAAUCCUUAGGUUCUGAACUGGAUUUUAAAGUAGCAUGGUUUGAUUUGUCGAUGAUUAAUGACUCUAAUUGGUUUUCGGGGGUUAUGUUUGAUUCUCUUGUAUUUUAUUGUAUGUAUUGUACAAUCCGAUGCCCUGAGGGAGAAGGAACAAUACAGUGACUUCUGAACUGCUGUGAACUAAAGGAAACAUUGUUAUUAUUAUGAUUAUUAUAUUUAUUUCCUUUGCACAAGUUGGAAUGGCCUUAAUUUUGCUUUACUUGCUUCUAUCGUGUAUUGGCACAAAGUGCACCCCGUUUGAUUUGCGAAAAAUUUACGAAGCUCAUUACGAUGCUUAUAAUCUGAGAGUGCACAUCAAAGCAGGAUGAAGCAAAAAAAAAA